AUGGUGCUAUGGCACUACACACCAUCUUUCCCUGAUAUCUCAUGGGAGCCUUUGACCGAAGUCAAAGUCACCGAGCGUGGGUUAUUCGCCGAUCCCGCGAAACGGAGCCUUUGCGAUGCAGCGAAGAAUGUCAACCACUUGACUCCGGCAAUAGGCACUGAAAUUGAAGGUGUAGACCUUCGACAACUUACUGAUGUCCAAAAAGAUGAGCUAGCAUUGCUUGUGGCCGAGCGGGGAGUCGUCUUUUUCCGCGACCAGGAGAUCGAUAUACACCAACAAUUGGAUCUUGCUCGUUAUUUCGGGCCACUCCAUAAGCAUGCCACAACUCCGAUACCAAGGAAUGGCUUGGAAGAAGUUCACGUUGUCUAUAAUGACGCCUCUCGUCGACCAGACCCGUCCGCUUUUUCGAAACUUGAGCUCUGGCACUCAGAUGUUUCUUACGAACUUCAACCCCCAAGUAUAACCUCACUCAAACUCAUUACUGGCCCUGAGGUUGGCGGUGACACACUAUGGAGCUCCGGAUACGCACUUUAUUCAUCCUUAAGCCCGGGUUUACAGACGUAUCUCGAGGGUUUGACGGCGGUACACAGCGCCGUAGCCCAGGCCGACGGUAAUCGUGCCGCUGGACUUCCCGUACGCCGUCAGGAAAUCGAAACCAUCCACCCCCUUGUUCGUGUACACCCCGCUACGCAAUGGAAGAGCGUAUACGUCAACCCAGGAUUUACGAGAAGGAUCGUUGGCGUCCCGAAAGCCGAGUCGGACGCGGUCCUGACGUUUCUCUUCCGCCAAAUCAAUGAAAAUCCCGAUCACCAGGUUCGCUUCAGAUGGCGGCCAAACUCGAUUGCGUUUUGGGAUAACAGGAUCGUCACGCAUUCAGCCACGUUCGACUUCUGGCCGGCUACACGACACGCUCUUCGUGCAACGCCUCAUGGCGAAAAGCCCACGUCUGUCAAGGAAUAUGAAUUGACGACUGGAAAGCAAGCAAAGGAUAGGCAGUUGGAGAUUUGGAAACAGCAAGGCGUUGAAGUUCAGAAAAAGGAGGUAAACGGGUCCGCGAAAGCUAGAGGUUGCAAUGAUUGA